CAUCUGACAAUCUACACUUCGGCUUGAGCGUGAACUCACCUCUGAACAACCUGGAGCUGUUCGCUCUCCACUGCCUCGCCACGCCCAGUACCGACCCUGGUGACUCUCCAAGCGUCAGCAUCAUUCAAGACGGGUGUACAUCCAUUGCACCAUGGUAGUCUGCUUCAAAGACGACCCGGACUCGCGGUGCAGUCAGGGAUGUGUCUCCUCAAGGCGGCGCAGGCGCGCUGUGUCUGACAUGAGCGAGGCCCGAGUGCGACGUGCCAGCGAAAGGGACCACAUCACUACCGUCAGCCAAGGACCCUUCGCUGUUGAGAGUGGACAAGGACAAGGAGAAGCCUCCACCAUCCCCACCGUCGGCAUCGCUGUCGGGACAGCUGCGGGGAUAGCUGGCGUCCUCCUGCUGGUUGUUGCUGUCUUCCUGGUGAGGAAGAGACGUGGUCGUGACGUCAAGGAGCAGGCUGAGGAUCGUGUCGGUUUUGACAACUAUUCGCUUGAGAUCUGGGGAAAGGACAAGGCUGGGAAUGCGACCGCUAAACCUGAGUAGUCGUGUCUUGUGUGAGACUCGAGAUAUCAGUAUGGCAGCCCACAAAAUCCCUCUC